AUGGGGAGGGUGAAGCUGCAGAUAAAGAGGAUAGAGAACAACACCAACAGGCAGGUCACCUUCUCCAAGCGGCGCAAUGGGCUCAUCAAGAAGGCCUACGAGCUAUCCGUCCUCUGCGACAUCGACAUCGCCCUCAUCAUGUUCUCUCCCUCCGGCAGGCUCAGCCACUUCUCCGGCCGACGAAGGUUGCCACAAAAAUAA